AUGAUAUCAUACAGCAAUAUUGAUUUGUCUUUACUUACUCCUGAAAAUUUAAGUGAUUUGAUAAUUAGAAAAUAUUAUAAUAAUUGUAUAAUAGGAAUUGUAAUAAAUUCAUCUAACUUCUUACAUAAAAAAAAAAGAUUUAGAUAUGGAGGUUUAUUUUGCGAAGAAAUUUUUGGGUUAUUGUAUGUGUGCUUAAAUGAAAGAUGUGUUAGAAUAUAUAAAUUUAACGAUAAUCCUAUACUUAAUAAACUAUGUUUAAAUUGUAAAAAAAAUAUGAUAUUUAACUAUAAAAGGAAAUAUAGAUUUGGGUCUAUAUUUUUACAUUUUCCAAUUUUAAAUGAUAACUAUUUUAACGAUUUUAUAAAGUUGUUAAAAAUGUUUAAAAAAAUGAGACAAGAAUAUUUUAAAAUAACAAAUAAAUUUAAAGUUGCCAAUUUUAAUUUUUUUAAUAAUAUCUUUUUUAAUUCUAAAAUGGUAAAAAACAAAUUUUUAAAUUUUAUAGAUUUAUUAUAUAAAAUUACAUGUCCAUUAGAAUUAUUUAAAAUGAAAUUUAAUUUAUGUGAUAAAAAAAAACCAACAGUAACAGAAAAAUUUCAUAAAUUUAUUAAAUUGUUAAAUAAUUUUUCAGAUUUUAAAAAAAUAUUUUUAACAUUAUUCCCUAUACUUCCAGCUGGUCUUAGAAUAUAUUCAUUUGAUAAUAGGAGACAACCCGUUAAUUCAGGGUUAAAUGCGUUAUAUAAAUGUAUUAUUGAUUUUAAUAAUAGUAUAAAUAUUACAUGUGAUGUAGAAUACAAUUUGAAAUAUAUAUUCAUUUUACAUAUUGUAAUUAAGGCAAUUUUAGAUUUUUCUAAACAAAAGAAUAUUUUUAAACAAAAAAACGAUUUAUAUAAUAAAUUACACGGUAAGUAUGGUGUCUUUAGACAAAAUUUGCUUGGUUAUAGAGUAGAUUAUUCUGGGAGAUCUACUAUAGUUCCUGGUCCAUCACUAUCUUUAGACAUUAUAGGUUUACCAUUUAAUAUGCUUUGUCAUUAUGUUAGACGUAAUGAUAAUAUUUAUAUGGAAAAUAAAUUUUAUGAAUCUUCUCUAUACACACAUUAUGCUCAAGAUAAAUUCGAUUUUUUUGAAUAUUAUUUAGAUAUGUAUUCUGUAAUAGCCAAUAGAGCUCCAACAUUGCAUAAAAUGAACGUACAAACUUUUAAACCUAUUUUUGUUGAAGGUGAGUCUAUUAAACUUAUGCCUUUGUUAUGUGUAGGAUAUAACGCAGAUUUUGAUGGAGACCAAAUGGGAAUUUUUUCUCUCGUAAAAUAUUAUUCUAUAACUGAAUCUUUUAAUAUGUUAAGAUCUUUAGUAAAUUUACACUCUCCAACAACUAAAAAAAGUGUUUUUAAUUUAACACAAGGAAUGUUAUCAGGAUAUUAUACUUUAUCAAAUUAUAACUAUUUAACAUUGAUAAACAAUUAUGUAUCAUCUAAUUAUAUGGACGCAUUAGAGUGUUGUCAAAAUAAUAUACUAAUUAAUUCUCCUAUGUUACUAAGAAGUUGUAAUAUGUUUUAUUUAACUACAGUAGGUAGACUAUUGAUUGGUUUUAAUAGAUUUGUACUAUAA